AUGACAUGGAACAAGAUGAUCAUUAUUCACCAUACAUGUUUGACGUUCAUUUCCAGCACACAGAAAAAUGUUGAAACAACCAAUGAUGAUAUUCAUCUAGGUGGAAUAGAUGAUUAUGGCCGAACCUCAUACCCUUAUGUCAAUCUUAAUUUAAGUACAUCUGAUGAAGAGGAACCAAAACUUUCAAGGCCAGAUGUUCAUUCUGGAAGAGAAGCUCAUACUGGUGGAAGAUUUCAACGGAUGGAAAAAUCUCGUGGACAACUACUAGAUGUUAUGCGCUCAUGUCAUAAUACAGAACCAACAUAUGGUGAUGCACUUGUCAUACUCAAAUCUUUGCCUAUCAAGCCAAUGGAUACAUUUUGGUGGGAAGAAAACAAGUUGUUUAUGAACGAUGAAGAUAUUCGUGAUGGAUUUAUGAAAUUAAGAAGCGAAGAGAAUAAAUUUCGGCACUUGGAGAGGUUAUCCGGAGUUGAUAGAUAUGGAAAUCCUUGUGAGCUUGUUAAUCUACGAGUUGCAAGCAGCACAAGUAGAAGUGGUCAUGUGGUGGAGGGUCUGUGGGAGGAGGUUCUAAUGGUGGAGGAUCUAAUGGAGAUCAAAGAUUUUUCUUAG